AUGGCCGCCUUUGUCAACUCGACCGUGAUCAACACGGCCUUCAACCACACCCAGCCCUACUUCAGCGUCCUCGAGGAGGUCUCCAAGUACAAUGUCCAACUAAACUAUUUCGAGCGCCUCUGGGCUGCUUGGUAUCUCUGGAUGCAAAACGAUAUCCUCGCUACCGGCAUCAUGAGCUUCGUCAUGCACGAAACUGUCUACUUUGGCCGUAGUCUGCCCUUCAUCAUCUGCGAUCUCAUCCCCUGGUUCCACAAGUACAAGAUUCAACCCCAAAAAAUGCCGACACUCAAGGAGCAGUGGGACUGCGCCAUGGUCGUCCUCAUCAGUCACUUCACCGUCGAACUGCCCCAGAUCUGGCUCUUCCACCCCGUCGCCACGUGGUGCGGCAUGGAGUACGGCGUCCCCUUCCCCCCUCUCUGGAAGAUGGCUAUGCAGAUCUCCAUCUUCUUCGUCAUGGAGGAUACCUGGCACUACUGGUUCCACCGUGCCCUGCACUACGGACCCCUCUACAAGGCCAUCCACAAGCUUCACCACUACUACUCGGCCCCCUUCGGUCUUGCUGCCGAAUACGCCUCGCCUAUCGAGGUCAUGCUCCUCGGCAUCGGCAUCGUUGGCUCGCCUAUCUUCUGGGUCACUCUCACUGGCGACCUCCAUCUCCUGACCAUGUACAGCUGGAUCGUUCUCCGCCUCUUCCAGGCCAUCGACGCUCACAGCGGCUACGACUUCCCUUGGAGUUUGCGUCACUUUCUUCCCUUCUGGGCCGGCGCCGACCAUCACGACCUCCACCACGAAAAGUUUAUUGGCAACUACGCCUCCAGUUUCCGCUGGUGGGACUACUGCCUUGACACCGAGGCCGGUCUCGAGGCCCACAAGAAGCGCCGCGAGAAGAAGCUCAAGGCCAUCAAGGCUCAGAAGGCCCAGUAA